UUUGUUCACAUUUAGCUCCACAGGAAAAAAAUGAAGAAAAGCAGCAGAGCACCACGGAAGAAGAAUCAAAAGACGACGAAACCAUCAAGGAAGUCGCUCAUUGGAUUCCAGCAUACUACGAGGAUUCGUGGGUAAAGGACGUAAAUUCGUGGACAACUGAAGAGAAUGCGUGGACAACUGGCGUGAAUUUCUGGACGAGGGAAUUAAAUUCGUGGAUGAGUGGCUUUGAGCCGCGUACAAGUAACGCGAAUUCGUGGACGAAUGCUGUGUAUCAGCGGACAAAUGAAUUGUAUCCGCAGACGAAUGAAUUUUAUCCGCGGACGAAUGUUAUGUAUCCGCCGAAGAAUGUUGUGUAUCCGCCGAAGAAUGUUGUGUAUCCGCCGACGAAUGUUGUGUAUCCGCAGACGAAUCGUGAGUUUCCGUGGACGAAUCGUGAGUAUCCGCGGACGAAUUGUGAGUAUCCGCGGACGAAUUGUGAGUAUCCGCAAAUGAAUGGUGAGCAUCCGUUCAUCAACAAUAAGUAUCUGUGGAUGAAUGGCAAGUACGUGUGGUCGAAUGGUGACAAUUCGCGGUCAAAUGGGGAGAAUUUGUGCACAAAUUUCCAAAAUUCGUGGACAAAUCUUCAGAAUUCGUGUAUGAAUGGCUAGAUCUUUUAGAUAAAUUAUGACAAUUCUUGAACAAAUGACGACAAAUCUUUGAUAAAUGACGACAGAGCUUUAAUAAAUGACGAGAAUGUGGUUAAAUUGCGAGAAUCCAUGGUCAGAUGUCGAGAAUCCAUCGAUCAACGACGA